UCUUGUCCCUAAGCAAUCAUUUAUAUAUUUUUUUCGAAACCCAAUGAAUUCACAUGUAGGAACUGCAGGAAGGGAGUGUCGAACAAUGUACAGUACCUCCCCACAUUACUCAGAUGAGUCCUUAUGUGAGAUUGGAAGCGAGAUAAUGGCAGUCAUGCAGCUGCACUUGCUAUGUGUGGGCACUGCAUUAGCCGCAGGGGAUGCUACAGCUUGCCAGAUUCGCUUAGCAGAUAUUAGCUUCUCAAGCUUUCAACUCGAGAGAGUUUCACUGUUUUGUUUUUUUCCCACGAUAAAGGACCGCCAUGAGGCUUCGUACGAGUUGUGGAUGACACAACUGGUCCACCAUGAAAUCAAGACCCAACCAGGAGUGGUGGUGCGACAGCGGCCCUAUCGAGUCCCGGAGGCCCGCCGCCAGGCUAUCGAGGAGGAGGUUAGCCGAAUGUUGCAAGAUAAUAUCAUCGAGAAGUCCAACAGCCCCUGGUCCAGCCCCAUUGUCGUCGUGCCAAAACCCGACGGAAGUAUGCGGCUAUGCAACGACUUCCGGAAGCUGAACCAGAAGACUCGGACCUGAACGAAGCCUCCACUCCCUAGCUGCACACGCGUCGUUGCCUGACUGCCGAGAAGAGCCUCGAUUCCUCCGGAAAGCAUCGGCGCGACGCCGGAAGCCCUGCAGCCCACUGAUCCCGCACCACACGCUGCCAUGCCCACACGCAAGCACACGAGAGCAUGCACGUACACCCUCGCACUCACGCACACCCCCAGAACCUCACAAAUAAAGAAAACUUUCGUUUCGCAGUUA